AGAAGGCUGUGCGGUCGAACGUCUUGGGCGGCCUUCCGAGGGGCUCUGUUAGUUUCAGCGCGGUGGUGGGGUUCCAGCCAGAUGUAGUGUACUGUCCUGGCGGGAGGGGCGGCCCAGUGUGGGGUCGUGCCUCCUGGAGUCGUCCCCAGGACGUGAGUCCUGGAGGAGGCAAGGGUGAGUAGGAGGGGUCCUGGCUCCGGAGGCUCCGUUCAAUCUGCACUGCCUUGGCCCCUGCCUCAGACUCAGGGCCCACCUGACCUGGGCUGUGGCCGGAGCCUCCAUCGCUGACCGCCUCGCCUGCUGCCUCUUCUUUCUGCGCUAAUUACUGCGUUAAAAAGUCGGAGCCACCUCUCAGGGCCUCAGCUAUUUAGUAAAUGACUUAUCCCUAAUUGUCUCUGUGGGCUCGUGUAAGGAGUAGAUCCGGGUAGGAUGGGAAAGCACGUUGUAAACUGAAGAAGCUCAAGUGUGAGAGUAAUUGCUGAUAAUGCAUGGAUCACUCCCCACAAGGUAUGACAUUCAUUAGCCAAGCAGGCAAUUGAGGAUCUUAAUCUGGUCCCAGUUAGCUCUCGAGCCUCAUCUACAAAUACCAGCCAGGUCCAGAUUUCCCAAAUGGUUGCUCCAGUUGUUGAGAAGACUAUGAACAAAUCAGAGAACUUGUUCUUUACUGGUUCCUCAUUAACAUCUCAAGUUCAUGCUGCUGCUAUUAAUGGAGAUAAGGGAGCUCUUCACAGGCUCAUUGUAGGAAACUCUGCCCUUAAAGACAAAGAAGAUCAAUUUGGGAGAACACCACUUAUGUAUUGUGUGUUGGCUGACAGACUGGAUUGUGCAGAUGCUCUCUUGAAGGCAGGAGCAGAUGUCAAUAAAACUGACCAUAGCCGGAGAACAGCCCUCCAUCUUGCAGCUCAAAAGGGAAAUUAUCGUUUCAUGAAACUCUUGCUAACACGUAGAGCAAAUUGGAUGCAAAAAGAUCUAGAAGAGAUGACUCCUUUGCACUUGACCACUCGGCACAAGAGCCCUAAGUGUUUGGCGCUUCUGCUGAAGUUUAUGGCACCAGGAGAAGUGGAUACACAGGAUAAAAACAAGCAAACAGCUCUGCACUGGAGUGCCUACUACAAUAACCCCGAGCAUGUGAAGCUGCUUAUCAAGCAUGAUUCCAACAUUGGGAUUCCUGAUGUCGAAGGCAAGAUCCCACUUCACUGGGCGGCCAACCACAAAGAUCCGAGUGCUGUUCACACAGCACGGUGUAUUCUGGAUGCUGCUCCAACAGAGUCUUUACUGAACUGGCAAGACUACGAGGGUCGGACACCCCUUCACUUUGCAGUCGCCGAUGGGAACGUGACGGUGGUUGAUGUCUUGACCUCAUAUGAAAGCUGUAAUAUAACAUCUUAUGAUAACUUAUUUCGAACCCCACUUCAUUGGGCAGCUUUACUAGGCCAUGCACAGAUUGUCCAUCUCCUUUUAGAAAGAAAUAAAUCUGGAACCAUCCCUUCUGAUAGCCAAGGAGCAACACCCUUGCACUAUGCAGCUCAGAGUAACUUUGCUGAAACAGUUAAAGUCUUUUUAAAACAUCCUUCAGUGAAAGAUGAUUCAGACCUCGAAGGAAGAACAUCCUUUAUGUGGGCUGCUGGGAAAGGCAGUGAUGAUGUCCUUAGGACUAUGCUGAGUUUAAAAUCUGAUAUUGAUAUUAACAUGGCAGACAAAUAUGGAGGUACAGCUUUACACGCUGCUGCCCUUUCUGGCCAUGUCAGCACCGUGAAGUUAUUAUUGGAAAAUAAUGCUCAAGUAGACGCUACUGAUGUCAUGAAACAUACUCCCCUUUUCCGAGCCUGUGAGAUGGGACACAAGGAUGUGAUUCAGACGCUUAUUAAAGGUGGAGCAAGGGUAGAUCUAGUUGACCAAGAUGGACAUUCUCUUCUACAUUGGGCAGCGCUGGGAGGAAAUGCUGAUGUUUGCCAGAUAUUGAUAGAAAACAAGAUCAAUCCAAAUGUGCAAGAUUAUGCAGGAAGGACCCCUUUGCAGUGUGCUGCAUAUGGGGGAUACAUCAACUGCAUGGCAGUACUCAUGGAAAAUAAUGCAGACCCUAACAUUCAAGACAAAGAGGGAAGAACAGCUUUGCACUGGUCCUGUAACAAUGGAUACCUUGAUGCCAUUAAAUUACUACUAGACUUUGCUGCUUUUCCUAAUCAAAUGGAAAACAAUGAAGAGAGGUACACUCCCCUUGAUUAUGCUUUGCUCGGUGAGCGCCACGAAGUGAUCCAGUUCAUGCUGGAGCGUGGUGCCCUGUCCAUCGCAGCUAUACAAGACAUUGCCGCCUUCAAAAUCCAAGCUGUCUACAAAGGGUACAAGGUCAGGAAAGCUUUCCGAGACCGGAAAAAUCUCCUCAUGAAGCAUGAACAGUUGAGAAAAGAUGCUGCUGCCAAGAAGCGAGAGGAAGAAAACAAGCGGAGAGAAGCAGAGCAGCAGAAGGGAAGGCUGAGCCCAGAUCCCUGCAGGCCCCAAGCCCCUCCCAGCACCCACGCUGAGCCCCACAGGCAGAGCUGGGGCCCCAGCAAACAGCCUCCUGCCAGCAACACAGCCCAGGGCCCUGAGCAGAGAGCCUGCAGAGGGUCUCCUGGCAGAAGGUCUCCAAGCAGAGCCCUCCAGAAAGAGCAGCCUCUUUCCCCAGACUUGCAGAGAACAGAACCCAGAAAGCCAAAUGAAACAUCUAGAGAACAUUCUAAAGGCCGAUCUUCCUGUGUCCACUUUAGCCCCAGUGAAGGCAGUGAUGGCGCCAGGUAUCCAGGAGUCUCCUCUGUUGACAAAUCCAGAGGUGAGACAGUUGGCGAGCAGCAUUGUGACAAGGGGAAAGGCUUCUUGAAGCAGCCCUCCUGUAUCAGGGUGGCUAGGCCAGAUGAAAAUGGAGACGACCCCAGUUGGGCAGCUGCAAGCCUUCAGCAGCAGGAUGGCCACCGGAAGCCGAGCAGGCGGCACGACACAGCACCUAAAGCCAAAUGUGCCUCCCAGAAAAGGCGCAUUCAAGAGCUCAGAGGAGGAAGGUGCUCCCCAGCUGGUUCUAGCCGGCCUGGCAGUGCCAAGGGGGAGGUGGUCCAUGCUGGGCAGAAUCCUCUUCACCAUCGGACACCAAGAAACAAGGUGACACAGGACAAGCUUGAAGGAGAGAUGCACUCAGAUUUGCCACAGAGCACAGAGGUGUUGAGGUCGGGAGUCAGGAAGUUGGGGAUAUCCACCUUGUCUGAGGAUGCUCAGGUACCUAAGGAGACUGAUCCAGCUCCUGGUCCUCACUCUGUACAGAGUGUGAAUAUUGACCUUCUCCCUGUAGAGCUGCGGCUGCAGAUAAUCCAGAAAGAAAGAAGCAGGAAAGAGCUGUUUCGCACAAAGAACAAGGCAGCAGCGGUCAUCCAGCGGGCCUGGAGAAGCUACCAGCUCAGGAAGCACCUGUCCCAUCUUCUGCAUAUGAAGCAGCGUGGAGCCAGAGAUAAAGACAGAUGGAACCGAGAGUGUAUAACAUUGCUCCUCCAGGUUUGGAGGAAGGAACUGGAACUGAAAUCCCCAAAGACCACCACAGUAAGCAGGAUCACCAAGAAUCCAUCCAAGAGCAGCUCAGGCACAAAGUCCAACAGGCACUCAGUGCUCAAGCAAAUCUACGGUUGUUCUCAAGAAGGGAAAGUACAUCAUCCCACAAGAUCUUCGAAAGCCCAUUCUGUGCUGCGUCUCAACUCAGUGAGCAAUUUGCAGUGUAUACACCUCCUUGAGAACAGUGGACGAUCAAAGAAUUUUUCUUAUAACCUGCAAUCAGCUACUCAAUCGAAAAGAAAAACAAAGCUUCGACCACCAACAGAGGAAGACUGUCAGGGGGAACUGCAAUAGCUAGUGCAGAGUUCCUAUUCCCUGCCGAUUAUCUUUUACAUCUUGGGAACACUAAUAUCCAUGCCUGAUGCCUUAUUAAGCCUGAAAAUGUAACAAGUGAAAAAAAUGUCAGAAUGUUUUCUUUCUGAUCCUACAUAGCACUGUUUGGUAAAUUAUCAUAACCUGCCUUCACCUCGGUCAGUAUGGCUGGAAAGGAGAAUUUAUAAUUAACAGUAAAGUCGAAGUAAAACUAAGAAUACGAGUGCUAAAAGAGCUGCUGGGUUGAGAUUUCUGCCAGCCAGAUGGUGUAGGCCUGGUCUUUCGGCUCCCAUGAAGAAGCUAAAUGAGAUGGGGAGGAACCUGUCCUACAGCAGCCACCUUCAUUUCACUACUUUUCUGGAAUCUAAUGCAACAAAAUUCAUUAUAGACACCACAUCCUAUUACUUCAACAUUAGCAGUUUUAAGUUGUAGACCAGAAUCAGGACCCAGAAUUUGCUUUUAGUAAUUAUCUGUUAAAACCAUAAGAGGUGCUCUGUUUAUCUGUUGACUCCUUACAUUUUACAGUUCGUGUUGGCCUCAAAGCCACAGGUUGCUGCCACGUACUCUCUGAACAGCAUUACUGGUAUCACGGCACCAAGCAAGCAGCCAGGCAGGUGUACAAACCAGACCAUCUAUGUACAAGGUAGCAGUUCAGCCCUUAACAUUCCACUUGUAUUUUCCACCUGACUGCAGGGGUGAGCAAUCUUAUCAAAAUGCCAUUCCUACUGACAGGAAAUGGCUAACUACACACAUUCUAGCUCUGUAAGAACACCUGUUUUAAAUGAAAUGUAGUAACUGGGGCCUAUUCACAUUUUUAAGGCAAAGCUAAUGCAGGAAUGUAGGCAGGAAGCAUAAACAAACAGUAACACAGGCUCAAGGAUAUUUCUAAGACCGCUUCCAUUUUAAGAUUACUGCCAUUACUUGUCCUGACAGGAAGGAAUAGGGUUAAUUACCAUGAUUUUUAGUUUGUUAAUUAAAUUUCAUAAUUAUGAAAAUAUAGAAAUAAAUAUAAUAUUUAAGAACUAUAA